AUGGGAGGAUCUCCUUCUAAAGAAGGAUCCCGAGAUAGCCUUGAAGCUCUUGGGAUAUUCAAAGAAAAAGCUACUGUCGAUGAUUUUGAAAUCCUCAAAUACAUCGGCAAAGGUAAAUUUGGAAAAGUUUAUCAAGUAAGACACAUAGCUAAUGAAAAAAUAUAUGCUAUGAAGACCUUAAAAAAAUCAUAUACCAUUUUUCUAUAAUUAGAAAUACCUAAUUUAAACGAAAAAUGGGGAGAUAGAUGCAAUGCUAAAAUAUUAAUUAAAUAAAAUUCUUAUACAUACAAAAGAAUCACCAAAUCAGAAACACAAAAAAUGAAAGGAAUAUUCUGGCAAAAUCUUCACAUCGUUUUAUUGUGAAGUUGCAUUAUGCAUUUAAAACUGACAAAAAACUAUAUUUGGUGAUGGAUUAUGUCAGUGGUGGGGAACUUUAUACUCACUUAAGGUCACGUGGACCCUUUUUAGAGAGCUGGAUAAGGUUUUAUGCAGCUGAAAUACUCUGUGCUUUAACCUAUCUCCAUGCAAAAGGUGUUGUGUAUAGAGACUUAAAGCCAGAAAAUAUAUUAGUGCAAAAUAACGGACACAUAAAAUUAUCAGAUUUUGGACUUUCCAUCGCCAACAUGGCAGAGUCAAGCUGUGAAACAGUUUGUGGGACGCCUGCUUAUCUGUCCCCAGAGAUGCUUAGAGGUGAAACCUAUGGUGUCUCAGUAGACAUUUGGGCAUUAGGAAUUCUCCUCUAUGAGCUCGCCUCAGGAACAACCCCAUUUUAUCACAAAAAUCGAAUUGCUAUGUCGAAAAAGAUAAUAAAUUCAGAAAUUGUCUUCCCGUCAGAGUUUUCUUAUGAGUUUAAGUCUUUAUUAGAAGGCUUACUUGCAAAAAACGUCAAUGAAAGAUUUACAAUUAACGAUGCAAAAAGACACAACUUUUUUGAAAGUGUUGAUUGGGGAAAAGCUGAUCAAGGAUUAUUAAAUCCUCCAUUUGUCCCUAUAACUUCUGGAGAAGAAGACACAAGCAAUUUCAGAGAGCUUGAGAUUGAGCAUAGUCCACUCUCACCUCAGGAAUUAAUGGAAGAGCCUUAUGAGCGUGAAUCAUAUUCUGGGUUUUCUUUUGGCGAAGAUGGCCAGAAUAUGAUAUAA